CAGGAGGCGGAGCUUUGUAAAUCAGAGGCAACAUGAUUGACAGGUGAGUAUCCCUGCCUCUUGGUCCUGCUGGGUGGGAUGUUGGUGAUGUUUCUCUUGGUUACAGUCGGAGUUGAUGUUUCACUGAAGCUGCUGAAGUUUCAUUUCUCCAGAAGUCUCUGUGAGGAAGUCUCAGCAAAAAGAGCUUUAAACCCAGAGAAGAGCGGAGUGUAAAAGCUGCUCAGCCUCCUAAGCAUCUGAAACAUCAGAGGAGACCAUGCCUUAUGUGGACGAGCUGAAUCAUUCAUCCCAGCUGAAACGUUCUGGAUUCGGUCGGCCUCCACCUCGACACGGCCUCCAGCUGCUCCUCUGGUUCUCCAAAGAGUGCCUCUAUUUUAAUAAGAAUGAUAAGAUGGUUCCACGCUGUAAUCCUGAUGAAGGGGAUUUCGGUUUUCACCUGUUUGAGAAUCGAUACCGAAACGGCUUCCAGCUCCUGCCGGAGAUAAACUUCCCGUACUACGUGGUGGGGAAUCUGAACAGUGACGGAGCAGACGAGCUUCCUGAUUACGUCACUCGGUCAUAUACCGGUUACUAUGAUGACAGCAAUAAGGACCGCAUCAUAGUCAGCCUUAAAAAUGGCUUUUUUGAUAAAGUUUACAUCACCGAACACGUAGACGAGUGGAACUACGACCCCGAAAACACCUACUGCGUUAAUAAUAAACUGAUUCAAUUCAUCAAUCGUAAGAACAAGACGAAUUUCCUGAAUGAGAUGGGCAUCCAGUUCACAGUGAACGUCGCUCCAGAACCUCCUUCUCCACAGAGGAACACAGCUCACAUCACCACUAUUAACAACGCCAAACCAGAGUCGUCCAGGAGCAGGGGAUUCUGGGAUUUCUGUACGAUCCUGUAAACUUUCCUCUCACCGAACGUCCUGGAGAAUUACAUGUACAUUUUCAUUUAUUCCUCUGUGGGUCGUACUCAGAGUGCAGUUCAUCUCUCAGUGAGGAUUUAAUGUGAAGUUACACACAUCAGUAUUCAGUCCUACACUCGGGGGCGGAGUUUGUCUAAAACAGAGGCGUGUCUCAGUUCCGCUCGGUUCUGACCAUUCAUCUUGAGCACGUUUUUCUUGCGUGAUGUCGGCUCGAGUCAGCUGAUUUAAUCACAACGUCAUUUUGAAAUUUGUCCGUAGCUCCACUGAGACAUUGUGGAGUGUGUUCGCGUUCAUAUCUCACGGCUUUUUAAUGUUUCGCUGGUAAAGUUGUUCACCGUCGACAGUUUCUCUGCUGGUUUCCGUUUUCAGUCCGCAUUUUCUGUCCGUGAUUUUUCAGCGUUAAACGCGGUGGUCUAGACGCUGUCGAGAAACUCCGUCUCAGACGCUUCUGCUCAUGAACAAUCUGAAACCUCGGAGGUGUGAGCUACACCGCGUUAGUGUCGCUGCCUAACCGACUCUGAACACCAGCAACUUUCCUCAUGACUCGACUCUGGACUCUGAAUACGAGUCAGUGGGGGUGAUUUAUUCACACGUGUUUACACUCAGACCCCAGGAGUUACUCGUAAAAAUAGUUUGCUCCAAUCAAAAGCAGUGACUUUAUUUUUGGAUGUAAUCCUUGUGUUUUCUCAUGUCGUACCCGACAGGCCACAUUACAACGUGGAACAGGAUGAAAGAAUUUCAAAAAAAGAAGACGGUAAAGGGAGACAAACGUGAUAAAUAAUGUUUUGACUUUGUUUUUCACGAUGAAUAUUUCAACACGCACUGCUCGACCAUUUUGUUCCAUCAUCAUCAUCAUUUGUUAAGCCGCUCACACUGACACGCUAAAUAUCUUAUUGGUAAAAAUGUUCUAUAUUUCUUUCUCUGCGUUUUGUCCUGGUGGUGUACUAACCUUCUCUGUGCAGUAAAACCAGAUACCGCGUCACUGUUUGCAGUAAACACGUGUUUGUUUCCGAAUGUUUCCUGUAGCUACAGCGCUAAAGCCUCGCGCGAGUUAAACACUUUCAUCUGAACUCGGAUUUAAACUGAGAGUUUAAUCACGCAGGAGGUAAACGAGAGAUAUUUACACGCAUCAGCUUUAAUUACACACUUUAUUUUAAAUAAAUACAAACAAAUAUACAUGAUAUAACUAACCAAGAAGAACCAGUGCUCCAGAUUUAUUUUAUAACAGAUGUUUUUAUAGAGUUAUGUUCAGAUGUACAGAUGUUCCUGUGUACACAUACAGAUGUUCCUGUACAUACAUCACAUCUGAUGUACACAGAGCUUUUAAUCCUGUUCUUUUGUUACAUUUUUGCUGAUAUUUUAUUGCAUGAUAACAGUACACUUGUUUUUCUGAUCAUUUUGAUCAUGUUUAAUGUUGAGAUUUGAUUGAAAUAAAGUCAUUAGAUUUAGAUGUAGUGUCUGUAUGUUUAUACCGAAAUAUUGAGCUAAUAUUCACAGUGUAAUUAUAAACCUACAGUUUAUAAACUACGCUUUAAAUUAAAAUGCUUUUCUGUCUUUGUGAAUUUAAAUGUCAGAAUUUCAGACUGAACUUGUCUUAUUACUUUUAUAUGAAGUGAUGUAGUAAUAAUAAUAAUAAUAAUAAUAAUAUUUCCAUGUGAAGAUGAUGUGUUACGUAUAAAGCAAAUAUUGAACAGUGUUUAUUGACUUAUCGAAAUGAAUGCUGAUAUAAAUAGAAAAGUAUUUUAAUGAGUCACU